AUGCUCCCUUCUUCACAUGCCCCUGAUGCUUUUGUUAUUUGGUCGGCCCGCCUCUGCCUGUACAAUUGCAUGUCUUUCACAUGCCAAAUAACUACUGUGAUUUAUACUCCAUCUGGUUGUGCACACCUCAGUUCAGCUUAUCGCCUCAGCAGCCUCCUGCCUGAUCCACUUGCCAGUCAGCCACGCAAUCCCGAAAGACGUCUUUCGGUGACUGCCUCCACUACUCCCCCCGAACGCUCCCUUCUUCACAUGCCCCUGAUGCUUUUGUUAUUUGGUCGACGGCCGAGACGGCCGGAUUCCAUCCCCACCCCACAAGCCAGACUUGGGGCGACAAACCUCUUUCUCGCCCACAGUAGCCCAUUUCCAAUUGGGCAGAAGAGCCGGACAACCGAUUUCUUGGUCACCCUAGUAAUGAUCUGGCCGACGGCGGAUUACGUGCGCCCCGAGACCCCGGCCUCGAGCAUCCGUUUGCUAGAGGGGUGGGCCGAGAGCGGCAGAGAAAGGGAGAUGGACGACAGGAGACAGAAGACGCGAAACGCAAGAUUCGAGCCGGAGCAACUUCGAGAGGACCACUCAAGCCGGAUUAAGCUGUCAAGACGUGGGCAAACAGUUGAGCUUGAGCGAGCAUUCUCGGCCGGCACGAAAACCGACCCACAGGUUGGGCAGUUGCAAUGCAAACAGGUCGAUCUCUUCGCUGCCGGUGCACAUCAUUCUGACUCCCUCCCCUCUACAGGCUGGACCAGGCCCUCCGUAUUAGCAAGUCUAAGGGUUGCACAGAGAGCCGUAGGGAGGGGGCAAAGUUUGUCUUCUUGCCUUCUUGUCUUCCAGCCUUCUUUCCCCCCUUGCGGCCAGCAGAGUGAAUUUGUGUCGAAACUGUCAGGCGAUUUUCUUUUGCAAGGCAGGUACAUACAAGCCAUAGAUCGGCCUCGAUCAGUCUCAAUCGGUCUCGAUCUCUCGAUCGGUCUCAAUCAGCUCGAUCGGUUUCAAUCGGUCCCAAUCGAGAUCGAUUGGGACCGAUUGGUAUCCUCGUUCGCUUUAAGUGGAGGCAUGCCUCCUUCAUCUCGCUCGGUUCCCUUCGUGCCUCUCAGACGAGCCUCUCCCUCAUCCGGCUUAAAAGGCUGA